GUGACAGCAGGGACCAGGGGCUUCCAGGGCAGGUGGGGGUAGCUGUCAGGCAAUAGAGGAUGGGGAAGGGGCCAGGUUCCAAGGCUCUCCUGGAGGUCUGGGGUGCCCAAAUCUCUCAGGGGGAUGGGGGGACAGGGGUGGUCCUUGGGGUCUGGGCAGAGGGAAGCAGAUAGAACCUGGGCCAUGAUAGGUCUGGGAUCAACUAGGGUCUGAGUGAAGACAGAAGGGCCUCUGCGGGUGCCUAGUGCUCUGGGCUAGGACCUUGCCCUCUCUCUGCAGGCUCUCACCAGAGUCCAACCCCUGAGCCAGUCCUGAAGACAGAAUGAAGGAGUCUUCCUGUCUCCCCGUCCUGCUCCUACUGGUACUGGGUGAGUGGAGGAGGGGAGGGGCCUGCGGGCAGCCUCGUGUGUUCAGUCGGAUUGUGGGGGGCCAGGACGCCCGGGCCGGAGAGUGGCCGUGGCAGGCGAGCAUCCAGCACCGCGGGGCGCACGUGUGCGGCGGCUCGCUCAUCGCCCCCCAGUGGGUGCUGACAGCAGCGCACUGCUUCCCGAGGCAGGCGCUGCUUUCUGAGUACCGCGUGCGCCUCGGGGCGCUGCACCUGGGUCCUGCCUCGCCCCGCGCUCUCUUGGUGCCCGUGCGGAGGAUGCUGCUGUCCCCGGACUACUCCGAAGACAGGGCCCGCGGCGACCUGGCGCUGCUGCAGCUGCACCGACCCGUGCCCCUAAGCUCCCGAGUCCAGCCCGUCUGCCUGCCAGAGCCCAGGGCCCACCUGCCACCGGGUACUCUGUGCUGGGUCACUGGCUGGGGCAGCCUCCACCCAGGAGUGCCACUCCCGGAGUGGCGACCUCUGCAGGGAGUAAGGGUGCCAUUGUUGGAUUCGCACACCUGUGACCGCCUCUAUCACGUGGGCACCAACGUGCCCCUUGCUCAGCACAUAGUGCUCCCGGGGAAUCUGUGUGCUGGCUACGUCCAGGGCCACAAGGAUGCCUGCCAGGGUGACUCGGGGGGACCCCUGACCUGCUUGAAGUCUGGGCGCUGGGUCUUGGCAGGCGUGGUGAGCUGGGGCAAAGGUUGUGCCCUGCCCAACCGUCCAGGUGUCUAUACCAAUGUGGCCAUUUACAGCCCCUGGAUUCAGGCUUGCCUCAGCCUUUGAUGUGGUGACACUCACUGACCUGGAAUCAGAUGCUACCUGGUACAUCUUGGGACCUGCACAUUCCCUCAACCCUGCCACUUCUGACUUGAGAUUCAGAGGCCUGAUAAAGCUAAGGGGCCAUCUUUCCAUCCAUCUAUCCAUCCCCUGCCUCCUCCUCCUUGGGGCUCACCAAACCAGAGCUGCCAGCCCCCCCUCCAGGAGCCUCCCACGUGUCAGGGUCUCAAACCCCUACUUUCCCCUUCCUGUUCAUUUAUCCUCUACAGCUCCAGCCAGGGCUGGGGCUGAAUACUCAGAGAUAGGCAAGUAAGCUAGUGCCCAGCCUGGCCUGUGUGCCCCUUUUUUUUCUGGAGGAACCCAGGGAGGUUCAAAGUGUGGAGGGAUUUAGUGCCAAGGUUCAAAGUGUGGAGGGAUUUAGUUCUCCCAUCACUAGCUUUGAAGAUGGUAGGGAGAGGGUGUGUCACGUGGCAAGGAACUGCAAGCAGCCUCCAGGAGCUGAGGGCAGCCCUGGCUGACUUUAGGAAGAGGGAAACCUCAGUGGUACAAUCGCAAGAAACUGAAUCUGGCCAACACCCGACAGAGCAUGGAAACAAACUUUCCCCCUAGCAUCCAGAUGAGAGCCCAUCAGGUCAACCCAGCUGAGUCCACCCAGACUUUCAGCCCCCAAAACUGUGACUUAAUAAAUUUGUCUUGUUUUAAGCUGCUGUUUGUAGUCAUUGGUCACACAGCAAGAGGAAAUAAAUCUAGAUUUUACCCACUACAAUGGAGGUACCUGGGAGUGGGGUGGCCUCCACCAGGCUCAGGAAUAAGGGCCACCUGGCAUCAUAACCUCUGCCCAAGAGGCGCAAGGAGCCCUUGGGCAGGCCUGGCUGGAGUUUCUGCCUUCCUGUUUCUGUUACCCCAUCAUUCCUGGAGUAAGUCUGGGGCUGUACCCUAGUCUUGGCCAGAACCUCCAGGCCCAGGACUCCCCCACACACCUGUGUCUGGAGACCAGCCUAGACCCUUUACAGCUCCCUGCCCACCUUCAUGUACCUGGGACCUGCCAUCUUCUCAUUUCUAGGCCAAGGAUCACCCAUCCCUGUAGACAGAGCUCAGUUUCUAGAACUGCUGAAGGAACAAGAAA